AUGCCAGAGUCUGAUAAAAGCAUUUGGAACCCUGCUUUUCUGAAUAAUGCUCAGAAGCAGCAGGGUGCGCCUUCGUACGGGUUCAAGAAUCCCUGGCACGACGUAUCCGGCGCAACGGGUAAGCGCAAUUCGAUGCAGUUUAACCAGCAUCUACCUACGACCUACGAGGAAGCGCCGCAGCACGGCAGUGCAAGUGAGAAUGGUUUUCGGCGGCGUAACUCGAGUCUAAUCGUCCCACCGCCCAGAGCGGCCGGGCCAGCCCCCGACGCAUAUAUGUAUGGGAUGCAGUUUGUACCGCAGCAAGGAUACCCGGGCAACUCGCAGGAGCUGCACAGGCGGCAGUCGGUGGCAGUAGCGCCGCAGCACUCCUUCGCGCAGCCAGCGCUGCCUGCCGACAUGUCGAUGCACGCUCCCAUGUCGCCGUUUCAUCGCAAACUCAGCUCAUACCCCGCGACCGCCGGAUCAGUGCUACCACCUCCUGUGAAACAGAUGCGGAGGCAGGACGAAAUGAUCCCGGUGGUGCUGCCGCAGAUGCAUAAGGUCAACGCAAGGCAGGAUAUGCGGCCCACAAUAAACGCAACCCCCAAGUACCGCCGUGCGUCGCUGGAUUCUCGGACAGUCUCGCCGCUGGUUGCCUUGACCAAAUCGCUCACCACUACUUACACGCUAUGCUCUCCAGAAUUCUCGUACCAGACCUCCAAAAACCCCAAGCGCGUGUUAACGAAGCCCAGCGAGGGCAAGAACAACAACGGGCACGACAAUAUCAAUAGUGACUACAUUCUUUAUGUUAACGAUGUGCUGGGCACGGAACAGAACCGCAAGUACCUUGUGCUUGACAUUUUGGGGCAGGGCACGUUUGGCCAGGUGGUGAAAUGCCAGAACAUGCUCACCAAGGAAAUAUUGGCGGUUAAAGUGGUCAAGUCGAAAAGUGAGUAUCUCAACCAGAGCAUUACGGAGGCCAAGAUCCUGGAGCUGCUGAAUAGUAAGAUAGACCCUCUAGGGGAGCACCACUUUCUACGCAUGCAUGAAACGUUUGUUCACAGGAACCACCUGUGUCUGGUUUUUGAGCUUUUAAGCAGCAACUUGUACGAGCUGCUGAAGCAGAACCAGUUCCACGGGCUCUCUAUAAGCUUGAUAAGAUCGUUUGCACGCCAACUGCUGGACUCGCUGAGCGUGCUGAAAGACAACAAGCUGAUUCACUGCGACUUGAAGCCGGAGAACAUCCUGCUGGUAUCGUUAGACAGGCCCGAGCUCAAAGUGAUCGACUUCGGCUCCGCCUGUGAAGAGACAAGGACUCUUUACACGUACAUCCAGUCGAGAUUCUACCGUGCGCCCGAGGUUAUCCUGGGGAUCCCGUACUCGACCGGGAUCGACAUGUGGUCGCUGGGCUGCAUAAUCGCGGAGCUUUUCCUAGGUAUUCCUAUUUUUCCAGGCUCUUCGGAAUUCAACCAAAUCACGAGAGUAGUCGACACGCUAGGUCUGCCUCCAGCUUGGAUGCUCGACAUGGGAAGGAACACCAGCAAUUUUAUGAUAAAGGAUGAAGCUGGCGGCAAAACCUGGAAAGUCAAGAGUGUCGAGGAGUACAAUAUGGACUUCGGUUCGGACGAGCAGCCAGGGAAGCAAUACUUUAAAUGGAGAAAGCUGGAUGACAUCAUCCAGAAUUACCGCAUUUCCAAGAAGAUUGCAGGAGCUCCCGCGCUAGUCGAAAAGGAGAGGCAGGAGCGCGUGUGUCUGACUCAUUUUCUGCAUGGCCUGCUGAACAUCAACCCGCUGGAGCGGUGGACGCCUACUCAGGCGGCCAUGCACCCAUUUAUCACACAACAGCCGUUCUCAGGAGAAUGGUUCCCGCCAGGUUCAACCCCAAGAAGAACCGCCAAAACACCGGUGCUCCAGGAGCGAAGCACCACCUCCGAGAUAGACAAACUCCACAUCGCCGACUAA